AUAUAUAUUUCAAGAUUUUGAUUUGUCAUUAAGCAUCUUUUCAGGGUACCUAAAAGUAUAAUUUGAAUUGACUGCGGCUUGUAAUAAGUUUAAGAAUAAUUCACCAGCCAAUAUGCCGAGUUCAGAAGUUACAACUUCAAAGGUUGUGGUUCAUCCUUUGGUGUUAUUGAGUGUGGUUGAUCACUUUAACCGAAUGGGUAAAAUUGGUAACCAAAAGAGAGUAGUUGGGGUUCUCUUAGGUUGCUGGAGAGCAAAAGGGGUAUUGGAUGUAUCUAACAGUUUUGCAGUUCCGUUUGAUGAGGAUGACAAAGAUAAAUCAGUAUGGUUUCUGGAUCAUGAUUAUCUUGAAAAUAUGUAUGGAAUGUUCAAAAAAGUCAAUGCCCGGGAAAGGGUGGUAGGUUGGUACCACACUGGACCUAAAUUACAUCAAAAUGAUAUUGCCAUCAAUGAGUUAAUCCGACGUUACUGCCCCAAUUCGGUUUUGGUUAUCAUUGAUGCUAAACCAAAAGAUCUUGGCUUACCAACAGAAGCAUAUCAAGCUGUUGAAGAGGUACAUGAUGAUGGAUCUCCAACUUCCAAAACUUUCGAACAUGUUCCCAGUGAAAUUGGAGCUGAGGAAGCAGAGGAAGUAGGUGUUGAACAUUUAUUGAGAGACAUUAAAGAUACAACUGUUGGCACACUAUCUCAAAGAAUAACUAACCAACUCUUAGGCUUGAGAGGUCUUCAUUUACAGUUGCGCGACAUAAGAGAUUACCUCCUACAAGUCAGUGAAGAAAAAUUGCCCAUAAAUCACCAAAUUAUUUAUCAGCUACAGGAUAUUUUCAAUUUAUUACCUGAUAUUAAUAAUGAAGCCUUCAACAAAUCUUUUUAUGUUAAAAAUAAUGAUCAGAUGCUUGUUGUUUAUUUAGCUGCCUUAGUAAGGUCAAUUGUAGCUUUACACAAUCUAAUAAAUAAUAAGUUAACUAAUAAAGAUGCUGAAGAAGGUAAAAAAGACGAGAAGAAAGAAAAAGAAACUAAAGAUAAAGAAGCAAAAGAAAAGGAUUCGAAAAAAGAUGAGAAGAAAAAAUAGGUUUUUUAUUGCCUUCGAUUGUUAAAUUGAAGUACAUUCAAAUCUCACCGAUUAAUCUGUAUGUUUUCAUGAUUAUGAUAUGAAUUUUGUAAUUCAAGAAUGUUCACUGAGAAAGAAGAAUAAAAAUUUAACUUUU